CUUUGGAAAAAACAACAACUUGUUCAAAGCUUUUUUAUUUCUACAUCUUCAACUUUUUUUCGACUGCCCGGUUCAGCCCGCUUGAAGUUCAGCCAUGUUCAUGGCAUCUUCACUCCCGGUGUUUAUCUUCCUUCUUUCCCUCCCACAUGGUUUGACGUUCAACUGCACCAACUCAGGUGUUUGUAUUGAAAAGAUGAAGCAGCACCGAACAGAGUACCUUAAGAACGAAAUUCUCGACCAGCUGAACAUGAAAGAGGCACCAAAGGGAUUGAAGCCAAUGGACCCAGAAAUGAAGUCAGUCUACCUGGAGAUGUAUAGGGACUUACUGGAGAAGGACGAGCAGGAUAUGGGCGUUGAAAUGUCAUUCUACACCGCCAAAGAUCCAAGUUAUGGAGAGAACCCGUCGCAGCUUGUUGCCAAGUUUGACGUCACAAAUGAUUUGGAAAGAAGCGAUAUUCUUCAGGCCACACUCACAGUAUCAAUUGAGAUUCCUGCAAAGGAUUCAGGGAUGCUUCAAGAUGUUCAAGUUCAAGUUUACGAGAAGAACGAGGAUGGAUCAAUGGGAGAGAUGGUCACUUCUGGAAUUUUCGCUACAAAGGGAUCCGAACGUAUCAGCAUUCAACUUCCAAUUGAUACUGUCAAAAGUUGGUUCACAAUUUCUCCGAUCCAAGGUAUCUUCGUCAAGGCAAUGCUCGACGGGCGCAACGUUGCCCUUCAUCCCCAACAGACCACUGCUGACGUUGACAACAUGCGUCUUCAGCUCUCCACUCGUCCAAAGGGGUCCCGCAAACGCCGUUCUCAUGCCAAACCGGUUUGCAAUGCCGAAGCACAGUCCAAGGGGUGCUGCUUGUAUGACCUCGAAAUCGAAUUCGAAAAGAUCGGAUGGGACUGGAUCGUGGCCCCACCACGUUACAAUGCCUACAUGUGCCGCGGGGAUUGCCACUAUAACGCACACCACUUCAACUUGGCGGAAACCGGACACAGCAAGAUCAUGCGCGCAGCUCACAAAGUCUCCAAUCCUGAGAUCGGAUACUGCUGCCAUCCAACCGAGUACGACUACAUCAAGCUGAUCUAUGUCAACCGCGACGGACGCGUCUCAAUCGCCAAUGUCAACGGAAUGAUCGCCAAGAAAUGCGGUUGCUCAUAAAUUCCACUUCCGAUUGUCACAAAUGUUAAGUAGUCACCGAUUUGUUUCUUCUUAAUGAAUCAAAAUUCAUGAUUUCAACCCCGUAGUCACAUAUCCUCUCCUUAGUUGUAGAUCCUUCCCUCCAUCCCGUUCAUCCUCAAAUCACGAGGAGCUUCUCUUCUGUCGGUCUCCUUUCCCUCGAUCUCAUCCCAGAAUGCUCGCCGAAAUAAUUAUUUCCGAAUCGUGUGUUCACCAUUCACCAUCCAUCUGAUAUAUCCUUUGUCAGCUCUCUCUUUUCGUACCUCGGAUCCUUCCACUACCUCCUUCGACAAAUGUUGUUCCCCUCCCGAAAGCAACAAUGUGAUAGGCAACGACUCCUUCUCCCAUUUUUAUGUGUGUCUGUGCGUGCGUAGUUGUGUUUUCUGAGAUUCAAUUUCAACAAACCACGCACUUUUUCAUCAUCAUUGACAAGAAUAUGUUAUAAAACACUGUGAUUGAGGAAUAAAUUAUUGAGUGCUG